AUGGCGGGCGCAUACAACUACACGUACAUCUUCAAGUACAUCAUCAUUGGUGACAUGGGUGUGGGCAAGUCUUGCCUUCUGCACCAGUUUACCGAGCAAAAGUGUACGCGCCGUUCUCUCUCCCCGCACUCAUGGCUGAUUGCCCUCACACCAUUGGUGUUGAGUUUGGAACCCGCAUCAUCGAGGCACGUUUGCGGCCAGAAGAUCAAGCUGCAGAUUUGGGAUACGGCUGGCCAAGAGCGCUUCCGCGCCGUCACUCGCUCCUACUAUCGUGGCGCGGCCGGCGCUCUCCUUGUCUACGACAUCUGCCGCCGCUCCACAUACAACCACCUGCAAUCCUGGCUCAACGAUGCCCGUAACCUCACCAACCCCAACACGGUCAUCUUCCUCAUUGGCAACAAAUCGGACCUUGAGGCCCAGCGUGACGUGACCACAGAAGAGGCCAAGCAGUUUGCUGACGAGAACAAUCUCAUCUUCCUCGAGACCUCGGCCAAGACGGGUGCCAACGUCGAGGAUGCGUUUUUGGAAACUGCCAAGCAAAUUUAUCAAAACAUUCAGGACGGUAGCUUGGACCUCAACGCCGCCGAGUCGGGUGUCCAGCAAAAGUCACAAUCUGGCUCUGUUCCGCUCUCAGAGAAAGCGCCCGGCAAGUCCGGGUGCUGCUAA